AUGUUCUACGUCGUUCGUUGCCCCUGUUGCCUCUUGACCAUCUACUGCGACUUCGUGGAUGAUGGCGAUACAGGCCCCCCAAUCCUUGUGUGGUUGGAUGAUGAGCGCCUCGCGUUCUACAACUGUCCACAUACCCUUUGUGACUAUCAUUUCAGCACCAAUGACCCUGUCAAUCUCUACGCCAACCAAGUGGCCGGACGCGUGAGGCACGUCUCUCCUUUUCUCACCAUUGCCCCGCGGAACCCCAACACCACGGCCUUUCGUCCGCAGGGCCAUCAUACCGCUGACCUCUUGGCUCUUGCUCUUGUCGACCUCGUUCAGAGCGAGCAGCAAGAGAUUCACGAGCCAGCGGCGCAAGCCAGCAACGAGGCGCGGACAGCCAAUGAUGAAGAUGCGGACAAACAACACGAGGAAGAGCAGAACGAGGAGGAGCAGGACGAGGAGGACGAUGAGGCUUCUGACAAUAAGCACCGCAAACCAAGGUGGACGGCCGCCGAGGUGGAGCAGCUCAAGCGACUUCUGGAAGAGGGCCAAAGCUACAGUGAUAUUGCCAAGGCGAUCGGCCGUUCUUCCUCAUCUAUCGGCAGCAAGAUCAUUCUCAUGCGCAGGAGGGGCGACCUGCCUAAAGUUGGACAGCCGACUUCACAAGAAUGA